GACAGAAGCGUGAAGGUGAAACUGCGGCUGCUCUGCCUCCAGCAGCAAGCGGCUCCGUGAGCGCCGCGGUGCCGCAUCCGCAGGGGAGGAACCCGGACUGAGCUGCUCCCCGCACCGGGAGUCACUGGGAGUCACUGGGAGCCACCGGGAGUCACCGGGCUCACGGUCCGAACGAAACCCGCCAGGGAGCAACAGAUCCAAUCGGCGACCGAACAUGUUGAUCUCAUAAUAAUCCAGCUGUGCAACGUCAGCUCCCUGAUGAUGUCACCAUCACUUUGUGUGAUGUAUUUUGCUCUGUGCUGGUGGGCUGCGAGGAUAUGAGCCUGAGAGGAAGUUUGAAUUUCAAACCUGACUCCCAAUUGGAUCUGCCUCGCCACCUGUUUCCUGGUUUCCGGGCAUCCUCGGCGAAGGCGUGCGGCUCCUGGAUCACCGGGACCAGCGGGACGAGGCUGCUGGCACCUGGUCAACGUGGAGGCAGAGCCAGGGCCAGCUGUGCAGAGAGCAAGGAGCGGGGCCCCUGAACAGAGUCUGAUGAGUGCCCUUUCUGUCGGCUCCGAAAUGCAGUCUCCAGGCCCCGGCCCACAGUUUACAGUGGGGCCGCCGGGGAAGGUGCCCGGCAGGAAGAGAGGACGCCCUCCCAUCCGUAAGCUGGAGUUCCAGAGUCACUAUGUCGAGCCUCUGUCCCAACUCAAAGUCCCGAAGAAGAGAGGCAGGAAACCUGGCUUCAAGCUGAAGCCCAGGAUGGUGAUGUCCUUGGCCAACUCUUCUCCAAACAGCACACCAGAACCGGAGAUGGGCUCAGUCCCACAGGAUGCUGCCAUCGUCCCCCACUCUACCACACCACAGGUCCUAACAGCAGAGACACCAAUGCCUGACGACUUCUUGUGUGACCCACCAGUGGACUCCAAGCGCUACGCCAUCGAUCCCAGUGACUCGGCUUUCAAUGUCAUGACGUCGCAGUACCAGACAAAGCACUCGUAUGGUUACCGUGGCAGUAGUUGCUCUACCCCGAUGGCUUUGUGCAGACAGGCGUCAAGCCCAGCAAGCUUCCAGGAGUCAAACAGAAAUGGUUGCAGCUCAAUGCCGGACUCUGGAGAGUGCAAACGUCCUGCUGGUAAGGACCCGUCGAGCUGGGGUGUGGAGGAGGUGGUUUGGUUUAUCAAAGACGCCGACCCCCAAGCCCUGGGACCUCACGCCGAUGCCUUCAGGAAGCAUGAGAUAGACGGAGACGCUCUGCUCCUGCUGAAAAGCGAGAUGAUGAUGAAGUACCUGGGACUGAAGCUGGGCCCCGCGGUCAAACUCUGCUACCACAUCGACAGGCUCAAACAGAAUCGGAUUUGACUUUCUGCAAAAGGGCCAAACACCUCAGCAGCUUUCACUAAAACUGAACCAGUACUUAAUCUCUCAGACUUUCUCAACCAUCAGCAUCAGCUCAUGAACGCCUUCGGCCUGGGAUUGCACACUUGACGGCUUUUACUGCAUCUGCACCACAUUCUGUUGACAAAUUGGACAAAUUAACUGUAAAUAAUGAGACAAUUUGCAGCUGACGCUUUUAAGUGUUUAUUUUUAACCAUUGUUUACUGGUUAUCUGAUUGGAUUUACAUUGUAAAUAGUUCAGCUCCACGCAGAUGGCAGCUAUUGUUUUUUUCAGAUGUGACUCCAUGUGAAUGUGAAUCAUGGUCAUUGCAGCUACACAUCCGGAGACCAACACAGACGUCGUUCUGACCUGGUAUUAACUUCUAUCCUGUGUGAUCUGAUCACAAGCAUUCAUCGCUAACUAUAGACCUGAUGGCAUCCAAAUGUAUGCUCAACGCGUCCUGACAACCGAACACUCAGAGGAGGUCUGUGAGGCAUGUGGCCACAUGAGAAAAAAAUAUUUUUACGAGGAGUGACGGACGUGAUUAGGAGGCACAUUCAGGACCCAUGUCAUCCAGUCAACCAUGUGACUAGAUCUCUAAGGACGGAUGUUAGUACCAGGUCUGAACAGGGCCAAAGACAGAGAUCUUAAAAAACGUGGUGCUUCUUUACCUCAGUAGCAUGUUGUUUCUUCAAGACGUCUUGCUGCUGAUUAUCUAUUUUGUUCUAUAUUGAUAGCGAUGGUUAUGCAGGUUACUCUCAAUCUCUUUAUGAAGUUGAUGAGCAGUAAGUAAAAGCUGCUGUCUUCGGAAAUCAAAAAGAAAGCUGCACAAUGUCAAACCUGUAUCAUCUGGUAAAAUAGAAGUCCUUACACCCAUUCUCUGUUUUAGACAAAUAACAAAUAACAUAAAACUCCAGAAAGAAACAACUUAUCUCAUCUCUUAGAAAAGUGAAACAAAGUGAUUGGGACAAACCACAGCCAAGUGCAGAGUGAAUAAACAGUGAAGCCAUGAUGUCUUUCACUCUGCUGGUGAGCUGCUUAUAGGAUCACUCCCUGUUUAUAAACAUGACAGGAAGAAAAGAAGAUGGACUUUCCAUAUGUUCUCAUAUAAAUUGCAAAUCGUGUCACACUCGUUGGUUUCAAUAUUGAGUUACAACCUUGCAUCUGUGUCAGAAGGCUGCAAAGUGAUGUGAGCCAUAGCAACUGGUAGCAAACCCAUACAAGUUGAUGCUCAAUGAAACCACUCCUGCCACAACACUGAAUCACUCUUCUCAUACACUGUCUAUGUGUGACUUCCUGAUGAGGCCAGUUUAUAUUCCCCUCAUGCAACUUCUCUCCAGUUUUGUUUUGCAUUAAUUCAUCUUCACACUGUAAAAUGUGUGAAGUAAAAAAACCUGAGCAUUAAGAGUAUGUAUGUACAGUUCUCAAUACUAGAUAUUUUGUGUUUAAGACAUUUUUGUUAAUUUGCAAAAAAAAAUGUGUGCCACAAAACAGACUAAUGUGAAUUACAGCAUGUAUGUAUGUAUGAUUCUUUGUGUAUUCCACGAGUGUCUACAGCUAUGGACUACUGUCAUCUUCAGAAUAACUCGAUCUGAUAACUGGAAUUCAAUGAUUUGUAAGAACCGUUGUUUCCUAAAACCAAAAUAUUUUUAAAAUGUCUUUAUUAUUAUUUGACUCAUGUUUAAUAAUUUUGACUCCCUAUUAACCUUUCCUUCCUUUUAACAGGAAUGUUUUUUUUUAUAAAGCGCUCUUUUCCCAGAAAAAAAUAAAAUGUU